AUGAGAGCACCCAUUCUGGGACUUCCACUAAGGCUCUAUUUGGAUGCAAUAAACGUAGUGGUUGGGGCUUUACUCGCUCAAGAUGACCACGGUGGAGAAGAAAGUCCUAUUUAUUAUGUGAGUAGACAAUUAAGGGGAGCCAAAACAAGAUACUCAAAGACUGAGCUCUUGUGCCUUUCUCUUGUCUAUGCUACACAGCUCUUGCGGCAUUACUUUCUUGCUCACAAGCUACAGCUCAUAGUGAAGUCUGACCCCAUAAGGUACUUUCUCACAAGAUUGGUGCUAUCUAGACGUCUUGCACGUUGGCUACUACAGCUGUCUAAAUUUGAGAUCACAUGCACAACUCCUAAGGCCAUCAAAGGACAAGCCGUGAUUGACAUGCUGGCUUUAUUUCCUGAAGUAGAAGGCACCACACGGUCAGGCGUCCCCGAACUCGUGGGGCAAAAUAACUGA